AUGCGGUUUCUAUGCCUUCACGGUGCAAUCGGAAAUGUUGAUAACAUAAGAAUUCAACUAGAGCCCUUGGGAAAAGAACUUGACAGUGAUCACACGGCCACGUUUCACUUCAUCAAUGCCCCUGUGGCAGUAAUUCCUCCUGCGGGGUUCAGCGAAUAUUUCGGUCCAGGGCCUCAUUACAGAUGGAUGGACGAUGAGGGUGCUGGAGAAGAUUCAAUGCUCAAUCGUAUCCGUGAGCUCCCCGUUGGCCAGGAUCCAGAAGACGUUAUGAGAAUCUUAACUUCUUCCGACAAAGGCUGGAGGAAUCGUAAUGCUGUUAUGCAGUAUCUUUAUGAUACCCUAGAAAGUCACCCCGACAUAGAAGGGAUCAUCGGAUACAGCGAAGGGUCUGCAAUGGCCGCUACGCUCAUCCUAGAUGAGCUGAGCAAACUGGAAAACGAGGGACGACCUAGAAGGAUAAAAUGCGCCGUUUUCUUUACUGGCUGGCCUCCGCUCAACGGAAAGAAUAAGCCCCUGCUCGCAGACGAAAGUGACACACUCGUUGAUAUUCCUACUCUGCACAUUGUCGGAGCAAACGAUCCUUAUCGACAUGGCGCUGUUGCAUUGUACAACGUGUGUGACCCGGACACUGCACAUAUGUUUGACACAGGCAAAGGCCAUACAAUUCCGCGAGCUGGCAAGCUCGUUGCGGAUAACCAACGGUACCUCGGUCGUGCCUGGUACAGAGCGUAG